CUGACACCUCCCUUACGUGCAGCCUGUUUUCCUUUGGCAGAGCGGAAUUUGACAGCGAGAGGAUGGGUUGCGUUUGAACUGUCUCACAGUUUGUCGGAGAAAACCCACACCAACCACGUUCCGAGUGAAGCAGAAGUGUGUGUGUAUGCAGACAGCAAGACAAGUGAAAUCAUUGAAACUUAGUCAGUUCGGCCAGAAGCUCCAUUAGGAUCCUGGUCAAUGACUCAUGGCUGUGCACUAAUCUAAGCUAAAUCUCAGUGGGAGCGCAGAAGAAAUCUUCACGUUUUCUUUCAGGCCUUGUUUUAUCACCCAAUCUUUGAAGAUGUUACUAAACACAAGAACUUUGCUGUUAUAUUUGUUCUGUUGGUCCAAGUGGAGCUCAUCAAUGGAGAUUCCAGAAGAGGUUUUUAUUCAAGAACAAAUUCAGCAACCUCCAACUAUAACCGUCCACUCGCCUAAGAGGCAUGUUGUAUAUCCAACAGACGAUUUCAUUAUCAAGUGUGAAGCCAGAGGAAAUCCGGCACCGAACUUUACCUGGACUAAGAAUGGCAAAGAAUACGAUCCAUCCCAGGAUCCCCGAGUGACCACAACCACAAACUCAGGAACAUUCACCAUCAAAAACAGCAACGGAAAUUUGAAGAGUUUUCAGGGAAAAUAUCGUUGUUUUGCCAGCAAUGAUCUGGGGGUAGCAAUAUCUGAAGAAAUUGUUUUUAUUACUGCAGCUAUCCCCAGAUUUCCAAAAGAGAGUACAAAACAUUUUGAAGUUGAGGAGGGAGAUGCUGUAGUAUUACCAUGCAAUCCUCCCAGUGGGCCACCUCCAUUAAAUAUUUAUUGGAUGACCAGCAAGAUACAGCGCAUACAACAAAACAGCAGAGCUUCCCAGGGGCUUAAUGGAGAUCUUUACUUUUCAAAUGUCCAGUCAUCUGAUAGCCGGGAAGACUACCUUUGUUUUGCACACUUUUCCCAAACGAGAACAAUUGCACAGAAAGAGCCCAUCAGCCUGAUUGUUAUGCCAUUCGUACUGACCAAUCAAACAGAGUCACCUGUCAGUUACAAUAAUUUGUCUGCUGCAAAUUCAAUAAAAGAUCGACCACCAAGAUUUCUAACACCUUCUGGCAGCAGCUCAAAGAUUAUUGCCUUGCGAGGUGAAACUCUUCAAUUGGAAUGUAUUGCUGAAGGCCUCCCCACACCCCAAAUCACCUGGACCAAGAUCGAUGGUGAUAUGCCAAAACGUAAAGCCACUGAAGAGAACUUCAACAAAACUUUGAAAAUAGUUAAUGUCACAGAACUUGAUGAUGGAAAAUAUGAAUGUAAAGCCGAAAAUGCAUUUGGUGUUGUCAAACAUGCCUUCUCCGUUACAGUGGAAGCUGCCCCUUACUGGAUCAAAAAACCCAGAAGCAAAGUAUAUUUUUCUGCAGAAAAUGCUGAAUUAGAAUGUGAAGUAGGUGGCCAGCCGCAACCGGAGGUUCAAUGGAAAGUGAAUGGGAAACCGCUGAAUGGAAAAGAGAGGUUUCAGCUGAGACAGAAGCAGAUAUCUGGAGUGAUUGAAGAUCUUGCACCGAUGAUGCUGACCCCUGAUGAUCAGAAAUAUAUUGCAGUUGAAGGAAAAUCCGCUCAGCUACACUGUAAAGUAUUUGGAUCUCCUACACCCACAGUAUUUUGGCUAAAAGAAGACAUGGAAAUUGCACUUGAGGGUGAGAAUUAUUUUGUGCAUGAAAAUGGUACUUUGGAAAUAAAGGAUGUCCGGAGUGAGGAUGGAGGAUUUUAUAUUUGUUUGGCAACUAAUAUAUUAGGCAACGACACCACGACCUGUACGUUAGAAGUCAGGGUUGCGACAGAAAUAGUGCUUCCACCUGAGGAUUUGAUGAUACCAAAGUCUGAAGUGGCACAGUUCAAAUGUCAUGCUGCAUAUGACUCUGCUUUCGAAAGUGACUUUGAGUUAUCAUGGAAACAGGAUGGAUAUGAAAUUUACAGUGACCAAACCGAGAAUGACAGAAUAAUAAUGGAUGGCGAUAUCCUUCAAAUUAAUGACGUAAGCGAAGAUGAUGAAGGGACAUACACUUGUGUGGCAAGAACCUCCUUGGACAUGGUUACAGCUGAAGCGAAACUUGUUGUCCUUGAUGUUCCAGAGCCACCAGAAGAUUUGAAAUUAACUGACCUGCAAAACAUGAAUGUUAGAUUAGACUGGAAUCCAGGAGAUAGCCACAAUAGUCCCAUAAUUGCAUUUAUUGUGGAGGAGACCACAUUUGAACCGAAAAGGUGGCAUGAAAAGACGAGAGUUGAUGGAAAUACAACUUCAGUUACAUUGCAGCUCUCUCCGUAUGUCACUUAUCAGUUUCGAAUAUCAGCUAUAAAUGAAGUCGGCAAAAGUCAUCCCAGUCAGCCUUCAGAAAAACACAUAACACCAUCAGCAGCUCCAGAGAAGAAUCCAAAAAAUGUAAAAGGAGAAGGAACAAAUAUUGACAAUAUGAAAAUUUCAUGGGAGCCGCUGAAACCAAUUGACUGGAAUGGACCUGGACUGAGAUACAAAGUUAGUUGGAGACGGCAAGGGGCUAACACAACGUGGAACGAAGAAGUGGUCAAUAAGCAUCACUACUUUGUUACGAAUACCUCAACAUUUGUACCUUAUGACAUCAAGGUGCAAGCAAUAAAUGAUGUUGGAUCAGGCCCAAAUCCAAAAGUCGUUACAGGAUAUUCAGGAGAGGAUAGUUUUACUUCAAAUGCCAUUCGGGAUAACCUGAGGCUCAGAGAUUUUCCAGCUUACCAUGUCAUAUAUUUCAGAAGGAUUGUCUACUGGAAAAUCAAAAGUUUGUUGGAAAGGAGAAAACGAUACGUUGAAAAACAUGUCCUUACUUUCAAUGGACAACGGCGUCAUGGAAUGGUUCCCGGUUUGGAACCCUACAGUGAAUAUGGUCUGAUCGUGAUGGUCUUUAAUAGGAAAGGUGAUGGACCACAAAGUGGACCCAUCCAUUUCAAGACUCCAGAAGGAGUCCCUGAGCAGCCUGCCUUCCUGCAAAUUGCAAACUUUGCUAAAAACUCUGUGACUCUGAUGUGGGGACCUCCGGCAAAACCUAAUGGCAUUCUUACUGGUUAUUUGCUUAAGUACCAGUUGAUUAAUGACACAGAAGAAAUUGGUUCUUUGAAUACUAUUAAUAUUACGGAUCCUGAUACAACCAAGAUAGUAGUCUCUGACCUUGACACCAGCAGCAAGUAUAAGUUCUACCUGAGUGCUUACACAAGGAGUGGAUAUGGGAAACUUAUUACAGAAGAAGGGACAACAGUAAUGGAAGGAGUUCCAGUCUUGCUGAACGUCAGUUCUUCUGUAAGUGCAACAUAUGCAAACAUCAGCUGGAUUCCAGGAAUGGGACAUGCAGCUUCUGAAUUUUAUGUUGCAUACAUGAAUAACCGUAAAGGUAAAUGGAAGAUUUCAGACGUGGUAAAUGUUUCACAAAAUUUCCACAUCUUAGAAGGGCUAGAACCUGGAACUGAAUAUACAAUCCGUCUUAUGGCUAAGAACUGGUUUGAUAACUCUAGCAUUUUUGAAGAUGUUAUAGAAACAAGGGGAAAAGCUUAUGCAGGAAUUCAUGGAGGAAUAUCUACACAAGGAUGGUUUAUUGGCCUAAUGUGUGCUGUUGCUCUCCUUACCUUGAUUUUACUAAUUGCUUGCUUCAUAAAGAGAAACAAAGGAGGAAAAUAUUCUGUUAAAGAUAAAGAAGAUGCUCGGGCAGAUCCUGAGGCCCAACCAAUGAAAGAAGAAACAUUUGGAGAAUAUGGAUCCUUAGAAAGUGAUAAUGAAGAUAAACCAUUGAAAGAAAGCCAGCAAUCACUGAAUGAGGUGAAGCCAACUGGAAGUGAUGACAGUUUGGCAGUGUAUGAAGAUGGUGGACCAGAAGUGCAGUUUAAUGAAGAUGGUUCAUUCAUUGGACAGUACAGAGGAAAUAAGGAGAAUGAUGCAGCAGAUGAAAAUGGAAGUUCUAUAGCCACCUCUCCAAUGAAAGCAUGAGAAACAUGUUCAUAAACUUCACUUACUUUCUUUUAGUGAAUUUGUUGUACAACUGAAUAUUUGUUACACAUUAACUCAGAUUGCCAACAGGCUAAAAGAAAAUAGUUGAUCAGGCCCUAACGGAUGCUUAUCCAAUAUUUGACAAAGACUAAGAUGCAUGGGAUAUUUUGUUGCAGUCCACUUCUCAGUCUAAAGGAUAUGUUGUGCAAAAUCCAUGUAAAAUGCAAGUGUCUGUAGGUUUGUAACACAAAUGGCUUCUAGUUGCUGAUGAAGUAAUUGCUUAUAACCUUUUAAAUCCUUGCUGCUGUUAUUAGCAAAUUUGAGUCCCUUUGUUACAGUUUGUUUAGGUGUCUUGUGAUCCUACAUGUUUAGAAAUUAAGAACCUGCAGAACUGAGAUUGAUAUCACUCAUGAACCUAAGGAGACCAACCCCUGGUGCACCAAUGCCUCUUAAUGCAAUGACUAUGGCAGCUGAAGGGACCAAGAACAUUUUUCCUCUGUUUUUGUUUAGCCAGUAGAAGAUCUCACAAAAUACAAUGAUCACAAUUUGCAAACUAAAUUUUGUGGCUACAGGAAAAAAGUAAGAAAUUAAUUAUUUAUAUGCAGAAUUCUAUCGAGCAAAAAAGGUCCAGAAUCCUCCUCUGAGUUUACAGUGAUAACUUCCAGUGGAAAUCUGAUUUGGAAUUGAAUAUUUUUAAAGAAUGGCAUGCAGAGGAUGAUGGAAAUUCGUGUUAAAAAUGGAUGCAAACUUGUUUAACUCGCAACAAUGGAACAAUUGAUUUGUCAGAAUCAUAAAUCAUUCUGUAAACUGUACCAUUGUUAGGGAUACAUAUGACUAUACAAUCCUUGUGUCUUAUUUUUCUUCAACUAUGCUCUUUAUCCAAAGUUCUGCAUUUAAUGAUUGUAUUCAGUCACCUAUUUUAGUUAUUAUCAAGUCAAAACAGUGCAAUGUACAUUUUUGUAAUUAGGAAUACAUUUAGAAUUUGGAGGAAAACUGCUGAUAAUUAAUUUUCAGCAGACCAACAAUGUUUUUAAAACAAUAUUCCUGCUACAAAUUCUGGGUAAAUACUUAAACAUUAAUUUUGUUGAUUCACAGCCUAUGUGUCAAUAAGAAGUAUCUAAGUGUCUGAUUUAUAUUGUGUGUAACAUAGGUAAAACAUAGCUUCAUGAUAUUGAACUAAAUAAACUACAUGUUUCCACCUCAGAAAAUUUGUAUACUUCAAAGAAUUUUACAUUCAUUUAUUAUUAGUGAACAAUUGUGAUGUUAUUGUAUUUGAGUCAAAGUUUUUAUUCGUAGAGUUCCAAUAAGUCUAAUUUUUGUUCUUGUUUAACAGUGCAUGGUAAUUUUUUUAUUUUAAAAGUAUUUCAAAUUGUGACAUUUUUGUAAAACGAACAAAUAAUAUUUAUAUUAACAAAUUGGAGAGCAUUUGCCAACUUCUGCAAUUGUUGCACAUAACUUUACAGUACUUACAAUGGCAAAAAGCUGACUAAAUAUGAAUGUGACAGAUGUUUUAAAAUUCAUGUUUUGCAGUGGUCUGGUUUUUAAGGAACAAUUGGCAUUAGAUAUUUUAGUGGUUAAAAAAGACCGAAAGUAGUUAUGUAUUUUCAUGAGCCUUAUUAAACAUGCAUGUCAUAUCGCAUGCAAAUUUACAAUUUUUUAAAGUGUGGCAACAUGUUUAAGCUUUGGUUCAUGUAUGGCUGUGUAUCAUUCCAUAUUAACUCCUUUUAUCAGGGUGAAUUAUUUGUGUAGCUACCAUAUUUACAGAAAAUGAAUCAUUUGUAAAUCACAGAUUUAAUCUUGCCAGAUUUGGAGGAAACAGUUUUCUAAUGAUGAUCAGAUUCAAUAAAAUUACUCUCAAUGCAAGGGUGUUUCUAUAUUUUCUGUAGUAAGGGAGUACGCUUUCAGUUAGGCAUGCUUCUUUUUAAAAAAAAAUUGAUUGAUGAACCAAAGUAUAAUUUCAAAGCCUUAUGUUUGUAUGGUAUGCUUCAUUUUAUUGUACUUUUGGACUUCAAUUCUACAUAAUUGUCAGAAUGGGCAUCACACGCAAAGACAAAUGCAAUGCCAACCAAUGCCCUUAAGCACAAAAUGUGAGGGCAGAUAUUUGCUUUUAAAAUAAAAUUUAUGUCCAAGGGUAUAAUAAACCAAAUAUUGACUGCAGUUUUCAGGCUAUUUGUAAACUAUUGCUCCUCAAGUUACAGAGGUAAUAUGUUCAGUAUGCAUGGUGUACAUUGCUCCUUUUGACAGUCUUGAUCACUGUAGCUGCUGGCUCAAUUGCUUACCAAUAUAGUCUUCAAUCGCAAUCAGUAACUGUGUAUCAUGAUACGUCUUCUCAAAAGAAACUUUGAAAACUUGUAUCAAGUUUAACAUAACAACUUUCAUAAUUUGUAUGCUCACUCAGAUAUUGUAAAAUCCCCUAAGAAUUAUUGUUAACUUAUUUAACUCGUAGUGAAGUGAUGUUAUUAAACAGUCUGUAUGGCUAUAGUACUUGCAGUCACUGUAUUAGAUAGAAAGCUGUGACAAAUGUACUUUAUAGUAUAUGCCCCCAUUUUAAAAGUUCAGAUACUCCUUCAAGUGAUACAAUUGUGUGUUCUCACUGAAAGAAAAGUCAUGUAAGGUUUGCAAAUUCAUCUUUUCUACCUGUACAACGUUCUUGUGUUAUACGAGAUCAUCAUGGAAUGUUUCCGCGACUAAUAUGUAUUGUGUAAAUGAUCUUGUGAUCUUUCCAAACAUGGAUGUUUGUCUUAUUAAA